ACCUCUGGGGUCACUCCACCACCAACAUGUCUUCUUUGCGGAAUUGAACUUCCACAGUUCGUUCAUAGCGGGAUAUCGAAUAUGCUCAAGCCCGAAUUAUUCAGAAAAGAUCGAUGGAAAAAGUAUUGGAAACAGAGUCCAAAGCAUGUGAUGGUUCCAUCUACAGAGUUAGAGGAGGCAUACCUCAGCGAUUUCCCUCUGCUAGGGUCAUGCUUUUGUCGAGCCAAUUCCUUAACUAUCACAGUAAUGAAAGAGUCCGAAAGCAGCUACCACCUGACGGGAAUUAAUCAGAUUUUGUAUCGCCAGGAUGAACCUCUCCACACUCCAAAUGAUCCAGCGAUGGCGAGAAUCGGUGGCAAGACAAAUGCAAGAUAUGACAAUCUCCAUUUCACGUCAUUCUAUGCUGCGAAUAUUGGAAGACGGCCGGUUCAAUUCCAUGGCAAAAAGAUUGGCUACAUUGUCCAUGCCUAUUGCUGGGUGCUUUUUGAGCGGGUCCUAGAAACAAAACUGACCCAGCGCAAUUUGGCAAGAUUUGUACGAACUUCCCGGAAAUAUUGGCGCAAUAACGAAUUAUGGGGGCUACGAGACGACCGUAUUUCUGAGGUCGAGCCGAAUCAGAAUCUAUCGAGUCCUGAGCUUGGCUAUGAUGAUAUUUACCAAAAUCCCCUAGCUACACCCGCGGUUCAGAAAGCGAUUGACAUCGCUAAGGUCGAAGCCGAACGUUCCGACUAUUGUUUGAGGAAGACCAGCUUUCCAUUAGAAAUUUCUGUUCUCAUCGCUGAGUGGGUUUGCCCUCUCAAUUAUACCGAGAACGAUAUCAAUAACACCAAGAAUAUGCUGUUGGCGUUUCAGUGGAAGCUCCCGGAUUUCUUCUGGAGGGCAAGAUUGAACGAAUUCUUGUUUGUUGAGCUAGAUGAGCUCAAGAAAGCUAAAUUUCCAGUGGAUUGGCAAGUGCUGCGUCUAGGCUUGAUGAGACUUGUGUCAGAUCGGAAAUGGUACCUUGCCAGCGGUCUGGGAGAUCGGGAACGGGUGCUUGGAAUCAUGGUUGACAUUAAGAAGGCUUACUUGGAAAAGUCUUAG